GGAGGUUCCACCUCUUCUUUAUUCUCGAAGCGACAAAAGCGAUACAAUGUCACGAACGCUUCAACCCUACCAAAAUGAACUUAUCGCGAAAUCAAUGUCCGUGGGGGCAUUGAAGUUCGGUUCCUUCACCCUCAAGUCAGGCCGCACUUCUCCGUACUUCUUCAAUGCUGGACUUCUUUCAACUGGGCCGCUGUUGUACACCCUUGCGUCGGCAUAUGCAUCGACGAUCUCGAAUUCUCUGUCUUCGUCGACGUCUCCUUUGCCGAAGUUUGACGUCCUCUUUGGACCCGCCUACAAGGGCAUCUCUCUUGCCGCUUGCACGGCUCUUCUGCUGCACAAGGAGCACAACCUUGACGUCGGGUUCGCUUAUGAUCGGAAGGAAGUAAAGGAUCAUGGCGAGGGCGGGUCUAUGGUCGGUGUAUCCGUUGAAGGAAAGAAAGUGUUGAUCCUAGACGAUGUUAUGACCGCUGGGACUGCUAUACGAGGUGCUAUUGAUCUGAUCACUAAACACGGUGGAGAGGUGAUCGGCGUCGUCUUGAUCCUCGACCGCGAAGAAGUUGGAAAGGAAGGUCGGAGUACCGUGAAGGAGGUGGAGGAUAUUGUCGGAGGGCCAGGGCGAGUAACUGCUAUCCUCAAAAUGAGGGACCUGAUGUUGUGGCUCGAAAAGUCAGGGCAAAAUGAGAGCUUGGGGAGUAUGAGAGAAUACUGGGAAAAGUACGGUAUCAAAGAAUAAAUAUCAUAGCUAUUGUAUACACUCUGUUGUAUCCUCCGUAUCGUACACAAUGCACAAGAUAACAUUUUCCUCGCCCAUGUUGCCUUGGUAUGCCACAGUAGCUCUGCGUUACCUACUUUACACCCGCCUCUGCACGUUACAAGGUCACCAAUGUUUUAGAACGAAGCUAUCGGUUUGUCGCUC